GCAACAACAAUUCCAUCAAAGCUUUAGCUUCUUUUACUUCGUUCAUUUCCCAAAAUGGUUGCCCAACUGGACUCGUACGUUGCCCUAGAAGAAAACCCAGAUCACCAAUUACAGAAUCAGCAAGAUGAUGAUCCAUAUGAAGCAGAGGAGACACUCUCUCUCUGUGAUCUUCCUACACACAAGGACUCAGCUCAUUGGGAUGACUUCUCCAAAGAGUAUCAGAGCUCUUCAUUUGAUAGAGAUGAAGACAACUUCUUUGAGUUCUUCAGUGAAGAGUUCACGGCCUCAACGUACGCAUCUGAGAAAAAAGACAUCAUCUUCUGUGGGAAGAAGCUCAUUCCCUGCAGCAAAGAAGAACCACAUGUUGUUGCAGCAGAGAAGAAGACGACCCAGAAAAACACAGAAACGAGCAACAAAAGUUCCACCAAGAAAUGGGGAUUGUUUCGAUGGAGAAGGUUUAGGAGAUCGAAACCCAAGCUUGUCACUAAGUACUCCAAGCUGAGUCAAGUAAAAGAUGGUAGAAGUAAUACUAUUUCAUUUCCCACAUCAAAAAGCUACAAAAGGUGUGAUCCUUCACUAUGGAAAGUGUCGGUUCUGUCUAGCAACAGAUCAAAAUCAAAGUGGCAUUUGUUCAUGUUUGGAAUAACUAAGUUUCCUACAGAGAUGGAGCUGAGGGACAUCAAGAGCAGGCAAAGCAGGAGGAACCCAUCGACCAUGUUUGGGGCUAAUUGUGAAGCAAGUAAUGAAAUAAUGGGAAAGGGUAGAAAGGAAAUUAGCAGUAAUAGUAGCAGAAGCAGCAGCAGCAAUAGCAGUAUUAGAGCUAAGGGAUUGUGGGGUUUGUUGAGAGUUAUAGGGUGUAGUAGUCAGCUUCCAAAGGCCGUCCUUCUUUAGUUAGAAUAAGAAGCUAGAACAUUUUUUGUAAUAAUAGUGCUUCCAUAUAUUGUAGUUGGAGGGUUAGGACCUCACUAUUUGAUAAUCUUCUCUUUUCUCCUACUGUUUGAAGCAUUUUUGUGAUAAUUAAUGGGGUAGGUAAUAUACCAAUUAAUCUCAUAUGCAUACGCAUGCAAGUUAAUCU